CCGCGUCCAGCAGAUGGAGGCAAAGCUGGAAAAGCUGGAAAAGAAGGUCGGAGAGAGGAAUGACCGGGACAAACCCCUGGCAGGCUCCCCGUUCACCGCAAGGGUCCAUCUGACACCUUUCCCGCGAAAGGUCAAGAUCGACGCCCCCAGAUUCACCGGGAAGGAAGAUCCGGAAAUCCAUCUGGACUCCUUCAACCAGAGUGCGACCAUGAACGGUUGCACUGAUGCAGAAAAGUGCCUUCUUUUCUUCCAGACCUUGCGGAACCGAGCCACUGAAUGGUUCAAUAAGCUUCACCCAGGAAGCAUUGACUCGUUCAGUGAUUUGGCCUCGAAGUUCAAGGCCAAGUUCCAGGAGAAUUGUAUUAAGAGGAAGAAGUUUACCUAUCUUAGUACAGCCAGGCAGAGGGAGUCUGAGAACCUCACUCAGUUCCUUACCCGGUGGAAAGAAGAGGUAGACAAGGUGGAAGAGAUGGAUGACAAGACCGUCCUCUCCCUCCUCUUGAAUGGCUUGCGUGCUGGGGAACUAUACAAGGAGUUCUGCCGGAAACCCCCAGCCACAUACCAAGAGGCCUACCAUACUGCAUGGGAGUUUGCUGAGGCUGAAACCCAACUCCAGGCAAAAAGAGAAGCUGAGCAUGGUCACAAGCCCAAGCCGGUGCAAGUCAAGAAGGAAGAAGCACCGGGACCUAGCCGGCCGAGGCACCACUAUGACCCGGUCAUCCGAGUGGUCAAUACGGAGGAAUGCCAAGAAGUCCGAAAAGCACCGGUCGUUCCACCAGAAAACCCUACCGGUCAAAUGAUCGACAGCGGAGAGCUGGGCAAAGAUUACUUGCAGAAAGCCCAGGAGAAGAGUCAUCUGUGGGUUAGGCCAACUGCCCCAGGGAAUGACCGGGACAAUGACCGGCGGAGGAAUAACCGGCCAAGGGAGCGGCAACCUGCCCCCGAAAAAGAACACAUUGGCAUGAUCUUCGGCGGACCCGAGGGCGGAGAUUCAGCCGCGCAGCGAAAGAACUGGGUCCGGAGCAUUUACGUGGGAGAAGUAAGUGCUGAACCACCCAGGCGUAAGCAUACUAGGAGGGAGCCUAUCGUCUUUACUGACCGGGAUCUCCCUCCUACCGGUGAAGAUCACAAUGAUCCAUUGGUCAUCACCAUGGACAUUAAUGGGAUAGAUGUCGCCCGGGUACUUGUUGACACCGGCAGCAGUGUCAACAUCUUAUACCUGGAGACCUUCCAAAAACUCAGGUUGUGUCGAACACAACUUGAACCCCUCAAAACCCCUCUCUCAGGCUUCACGGGGGAUACCGUUGAAGCUGAAGGAUCCAUAGUUCUACCGGUCGAACUAGGAUCAG